AUGGCCCCAGAGCCUCCUCAAUUCUCCAACAAAUACACCAUGCACGACUAUGAAGCCGCGGAGAUCCUGCUCAUGAUGUCUCGUUCAGGCCCGGUCAACUACGACUUGCCACCCGCUGAAUCGGCACCACAACCACGGCGACCUGGGGCGGCCAAGGCCCAACAAACACAGAUGCCAAAGGUCAAGCCAGAGCCUGUCCGGCCAGCAAUCAGCAGACGAACAGAAACAACCACCAACGCAACCACCACUGUAACCACCCCCGCAAUCACGCCGGUCGCUAGGCCCAAGAAGCGUAAGCUGGAGGAGGCAGAUGAAGACGACAAAGUCCAGAAAGUGGCUGCCAGACUCAAGAAGCGCAAGCUGAAGAUGGAGCUGGCACACGAAGUGGACCGACUCCUCAAGGCGGCGGCCAAGAAGGGCAAAGCCAGUCGCCGCCAGGCGUAUGACGAAAGCAACAAGAAGGCUUCUCCCAGCGAAGUCUUUGCUCGGCAUGUCAAGCUCACGCUCAACGCUCGCUCGGCAGAAAAGAGCGACUAUGCAGCAUUCGCCGAUGCGGUUCUGCCAGACAAUCGGCCGGGAAUCGAUCUCGCCCAACCCCCGCUCAAACAUGCCGUGCCGGAGCCCCGACGGCUCGAAGAUCUCGGCGACAUUACCGGUCUCCAUCCCCGCGAAGUCUGGCUUUGCACGCAACUGGCCAUCACCGCCGACACCUACCGCUGCCAAAAGGCACGUUUCUUCCUCGGUCUCGCCAUCUUCGUCGAGUACAACUAUCGGGCGCUGAAGGACGGCGAGCCGGGCUUCAAGAUCUGGAAUGUGGGCAAAUCGCAGUGCCAACUUUUCAACAACAUGGACGUCAACAAGUCCAGUGAUUUGUUCCAGGCAUUCGAGACCUGGGGCUGGGUGGAGCUUAUGGGCAAGAAGGAUCCCAGCACCAAGCACUGGGUCGUCUCGCCCAACUACCUCAUCCGCUUUCCGGAGGACCACCGUCGGCGCCUGAUGGGAGAGGUGGCAGCAUUUGAAGCCGAGAAUGGGGGAAAGCGCCUUGCCAAGGUCGCAUGA